CGACGCAUCGAUGAUAUUCAGUCUUGCCUGGCUUCAGUCAUCUUGCGAUUAGGAUCCAGUGCUUUAGAAUGGGCCUUCUAACCAUCAUCAGGAAGAACCGACAGAAAGAGAAAGAGAUGCGCAUUCUCUUUCUCGGUCUAGAUAAUGCAGGGAAGACCACCAUACUAAAGAAGCUCAAUGGAGAGGACAUCAUGAGUGUUAGCCCCACGCUUGGGUUUAAUAUCAAGACGUUUAUCCACGGUGGAUACACUCUGAAUAUAUGGGACGUCGGGGGCCAGCGCACGAUAAGGCCUUAUUGGCGAAACUACUUCGAACAGACCGAUGCCAUUGUCUGGGUCGUGGAUUCGACUGACCGGUCUCGGAUGAAAGACUGCCGAGACGAGCUACAUUCGCUGCUCCUCGAAGACAGGUUGGCCGGCGCGUCCCUUCUAGUCUUCGCCAAUAAGCAGGAUAUUCAGGGGUCAAUGUCUGAUGAGGAGAUCCGCCAUGCUCUUGACCUGGAUUCCAUUCGGUCGCACAACUGGAGGAUAUGGCCCUGCAGUGCGGUGACCGGAAAUAAUCUGGUGACAGGGCUCGACUGGGUGGUGGGUGAUGUUGCAGGGCGGUUGUACUACAGCUCGACGGUUGGGGAGGCGAACCGGGCUAUGACUGCGGCGAUGAAGUAAGGCUUUGGCGAUGGACCCGUAUUCUUAGGUGCUGAUGGAAGUACGUGCAUCUCUUUGUUGUAUCCUACCAAUCGCACAUUCCACUAAGAGCGAAGUCGUGGAAUAAUGCGUUCUGUCCCAGUCUUAUCCCGC